AUGAGCAAGGUUGCAGGUUGGUGGUCCGAUAAUGACAAGAGAAUCCACCGUCCGAGGAAUUCUAGAGCGAGCCCAAGUCCGCCGCCGACACCCUAUCACCCGCUGGAGUUGAAGAGGUUUAGGUUAGCAAGUAUAGAGUCCCUUCCCAAAGAUUUAUUAUUGGACAUCAUUGCUCGUCUCCCACCUCAAGAUAUCCGGGUCCCGGUAGGGCUCGUUUGCCGCAAGUGGUACCAUUUGACCCAUAGCCCUGACUUGAUACAAACGCAAAUCUUCCGUGCAACUUCCGGGCUCCUCUUACACUAUACGUUUUUACGCAAGGAAUUGAUUUUUAUCUCGAUGCGGCAGGGCCGGGUCGAGAAAUCCAUGUGCCGCUACGAACUUGGUCAUUUAAUCUGGGCCAGCUGUAAUGGCCUGCUUUUGGGAUUCUUAAAUGAAGAUCAUUAUUCUGUGCGCAUCCUGAAUCCCGCAACCAAGCAAUGCUUCACCCUGCCUCCAUUUUCCAAGAUACGUUAUGCAUCUCUUCUUCCUGCUAUGGCGUAUGUGUCGGCCUCCAUGAAGUAUAAAGUGGUUCUACGCGAUUUCGUGGAUGGAAGCAAUGGUGUAAGGAAUCUUGAAUGUCUUAUAUUAACUGUUGGUGUCGAUACCACCUGGAGGCAUGUCCACACCAAACACUUGUCUCUUAAUAGGAACCAACUUUCAUGUGCCUUUAAGCCGUUGAUCACUGAUGGUUUUGUGCAUUGGGUCUGGGAUUCGUGCACCUCUAUUUUCUCUCUCGAUGUGGAGACUGAAAUUAUUUCCAACUCAGAGGUCCCCCUUCCUCGAGUUCACAGAAACAAGAGACGCUUUUAUCUGUCAACAGGAAGGUAUCUAUCUUUAUUGGUCGCCCUUGGGAAUUUCUCGUGGCAAGUUUGGCAGAUAAAACCAGAAACUGGGGAGUGGCUCAAGGUAUUUAACAUUGAUUUGGAAGCUGAAAAAUGGAAGCUCGAUGUAUUUUUCGGAGAUUGUGAAGACAAGAUAGGCCAAGGGGUUUGGCUCAUUCCGGUUGGUUGGCUGAAUUACCCAGAUGUUCUCGUCCUUGCUCCUCCCAAUACAAGUUGCGAUUGCAUUUUGUACAAAGUUUGUACACGUGAGGUCCACUCUGUAGAGUUACCGUAUCCCGCUAGACAUUCUCUUAUUAUAAACCAUAAUAAUUGUAUGGCCUCCGUCCCCGGAGGCUAA